GGUUAAUUAGGGUCAGACAAUGCACCCCUACUCUCAUAAUGGGGUGUCCUGACAAGGGGGGGAUUAGUCUAAAAUCACAUACAUCUCUGAGUUACUUGACAAAGUGCUCUUGUUUCAGUGUUGUGGUAGUUAUACAGGAUGGAGAAGGAAACUUAGAGAAGAUUUAAAGUAUAUUUCAAUUUUGUCUAAAUAAAGUAGAGAGUAUUAUUAAUUAAUGUAUCUACUAAUCGGAAAUAACUUCUCUCUCCUUUCAAUUUAGUAACUCACUGCAACCCUAUAAGUAUGGUAGUUUGCAAAGUAUGGGCAGUCGCAAUGGCUAACCUACAGAAAGCAGAGUUCACGUUGUCGCAGAGAGGAGGAAAACAGGUUCUACACGGAGGUCACAAGUAUCGACUGCACGUUGACAGACAGGUAGCCACUCACUGGAAGUGUAUCAUCGACAAGUGCAAGGGUAGAUGCAGCACCAUUGGGGAUCACAUCACUUCAGUAUCAGAACACAACCAUCCUCCACUAGUGAAUGAAGAAGAGAGUCGACUUCUCACCAGACUUAGACAACGCGUUCAAGAAGAGAUCAAGCCUGUCCAGCAAAUCUACAAUGAAGAGACCCAGAACCUAGACGAAGAAGCUGCUGCUACUGUUGCUUCCUUCUACAGUAUCAAGUCUGGACUCUACCGUCAGCGUGCCAAGGUUCUUCCACCAGUCCCACGUACCCGUGCUGAUGUAGACCUCACAGGUUCCUGGACUGAGACAACAGACGGACAACAGUUCCUGGUUGUAGACAGCGAAGAUGAAGACAGGAUCCUGAUCUUCAGUACCGCAGAGAUGCUGGACAUCCUCGCCAAUGCAGAAACCAUCUACAUGGACGGAACAUUUUUUGUGUGUCCCAGCCUGUGGCAACAAGUCUACAUUGUGCACUGCCUUGUGGAUGGACAGAUGUUCCCAGUCGCCUUCUCCCUGCUGCCAAGCAAGUCUCGUGAUACAUACAUUAGAUUGUUUAACUACUUGAAGGACUCUGUGCUUGCUAUUGUCGGCGUUGAACUUUCUCCCUCCGUUGUACAGACUGACUACGAAGCUGCUGCUAUUGGAGCCACUGAGAGAGUCUUCCCCGAUGCAGAAGUCCGUGGAUGCUACUUCCACUUCACCCAGGCGGUUUGGCGGCAGGUUUCAGAGAAAGGCCUUGUGAAAACCUACAAGGACAACCGUGCCUUCAACACUCCACGUGCGACGAUGCUGCAGCACUCCCCUCCUCCCAGUGGAUCAGAUCCAAGAUGCCUGGAUGGAAGUAUUGAACCAGUCUCCCGACGUUGA